AUGCCGUGGACUGUAACCAAUUCAUUCAAGCGACCCUCAUGGCGGGUUUACGACGACGACCAGCGCCCGGCGGCCAAAAAACGACGCGUCCAGCAGCCGUCCGGGAACGAGUCCGACGAGGCAGAGAAUAGCCUGCAGUACGCCAUCCGCGAGUCUUCAGCCGCCGUGCUGUCCAGCCCGUCGCGUCGCAACUCCAUUCUGCUCUCUGAGGGCACGCAAGAAGACGAUCUAUCGACCCCGCCGUCAUCUCCACCGCCUCGAUUGUCGCCUCCCCCGGCAAACACGCGAAAACCGACUUUCUCCUUUCUCAAGCGCAAGCAUUCUUCCACCAAGGACCCCGGGAAUGGCACGCCGCUCACCGAGGUCAACUCGAACAGCGUGCGUGCGUCGACAGAAGCCCCCAAGAAAAAGGCGGCCACGUCACAGCCCUCGCAGCAGCAACCGCAACAACCGCAGUCGCAGCAGCAGCCGCCACCCGCGUUGAAGCAAAUGCAGAUCGACCUGGGCCACGAAGUGCGGAGGACGUGUUCGACCUGCGGCAUGGAAUACGUGCCCUCGAACGCGGAGGAUGCGUCGCUACACAAGAAGUUCCACGACAUGAACUCGACGGGCGUGGAUUUGGGCAAGGCGUUUAUGCGAGCGAAUGCGUCGCGAUGGGUUUACGAAGCGACCCGUUUUGAGGAAGGAUACGUGGUCAUCGUCGAUCGGAAGGCAUCUCCGACCGCGAAAAACCAGGCCAAAAAGGUGCUGGAGGUGAUUGGCAAGGAGUUGUCGUCUCCCGAGAUCCAGGACGACGUCCUAUGGAGCCAGGUGGAAACGCCUAGACACCUACGCACGAACGGCUCGUCGGAGAAGGUCGACCGCUACAAGGUGUUUCUACACAUGAAGGAUAGUCGCUGUGUCGGGGCGUGCUUGACGGAGCGGAUCUGGGAGUCGCGGCCAGUCGAGAAACCGUCCGCCCAGCCAAACGGCACCGACUCGGCGGUCUCAGCCCGCGCAGAGACGCAUCCCGCCAUCGUGGGAAUCUCGCGCAUCUGGACUUCCGGAUCGUCCCGGCGCAAAGGAAUCGCCAUGGAUCUCCUCGAUUGCGUCGUCAGUAAUUUUAUCUACGGCAUGGAGAUCCCCAAGGAGCAGAUGGCCUUCAGCCAACCCACGGAGAGUGGCAAGUCGUUGGCUCAGUCGUUCUUCGGGGACGGCGAGUGGCAUGUGUAUGAGGAGGAAUAA